AUGUUUGGACAAGUAGUAAUCGGUGCACCAGGUUCCGGUAAAACGACGUACUGCAAUGGCAUGAGCUAUAUUUUACCUCAACUUGGUCGACCGGUUAUAUGUGUAAAUUUAGAUCCAGCUAAUGACCAUUUGCCUUACAAAUGUGAUAUUGAUAUUCGGGAAUUGGUAACAGUUAAUGAUGUCUGCUCUCGCCUGAAACUUGGUCCUAAUGGAGCACUUAGGUAUUGUAUGCAGACGUUAAAAAAAAAUAUUGAAUGGUUAAGAUUAAAAUUAUCGCAUAUGGAAGGUUACUUGCUAAUGGACUUUCCAGGACAGCUUGAGUUGUACAGUAACGACGACUGUAUUACGUCAAUUAUACACAGCAUGGAAAAGUGGGGCUAUCGAUUAGUUGCUGUACACCUCAGCGACAGUUUAUAUUGCUCAGAUAUAGGGAAAUUUAUUUCUGUAUUACUUAGUGCCCUUUCUGUAAUGAUCAAUCUCGAAUGCACUCAAAUAAAUGUAUUAUCAAAGCAGGAUUUAUUGAGGAUUGACGAUUUACCUUAUAACUUCGACUUUUUCGAACAGCUCCCCGAUGUUCAGCGGUUGACCGAUUUGCUUGAUGAAUCCCCAAUACUGAGACAGUAUAAAGGAUUGAAUGAAUUAUUAUGCUCUGUGAUAAGUGAUUAUGAUUUAGUCAAAUUUACGGGGUUGGAUGUAACAAAUAAAGAAAGUAUGCUGAAUUUACUUAAAUUGAUAGAUGUAGCUAAUGGCUAUGCCUUUAUAACAGCACCUGAUCUGAGAAAUAUCGUGCAAAAAUGA